GGCGCCAAGCACUUCCGGAGCUGCGGGGACGACUCUUCUGGAGGAAGCAGCGCGGGCUUGACCGGCGUCGGCCCGCUGCCUCCGCUACCGCUUCGACCUAUUCCGGUCCCUCUGGCCCGGCCUGACCCGGUCUGGCUUGUUUGGGCUCAGCGGCCGCGAGGCCGCAGCUCCCGAUGGAAAUCAUAUUACGUAGAAUACUUGGGUGACAUCUGCCUGAGAGAUCUCCAAGAAUUACAGAAGACAAAAAAACUAAUGCAUUUGAGAAAGCGGUAGUUUUGGGGGGAGGGGGAAAAAGCAACUGCUUUCCUGAUCUGCAACUUGGCUGGAUGCUAAGAUGUCAGUGGACAUGAAUAGCCAGGGGUCUGACAGCAAUGAAGAGGACUAUGACCCAAAUUGUGAGGAAGAGGAAGAAGAAGAAGAUGAAGACCCUGGGGACAUAGAGGACUAUUACGUGGGAGUAGCCAGCGAUGUGGAGCAGCAGGGGGCUGAUGCCUUUGAUCCCGAGGAGUACCAGUUCACUUGCUUGACCUACAAGGAAUCUGAGGGUGCCCUCAAUGAGCACAUGACCAGCUUAGCUUCUGUCCUAAAGGUAUCUCAUUCAGUUGCUAAACUUAUAUUAGUUAAUUUCCACUGGCAAGUUUCAGAGAUAUUGGACAGAUACAAGUCCAAUUCUGCUCAACUGCUUGUUGAGGCUCGAGUUCAGCCUAAUCCAUCAAAACAUGUUCCCACAUCCCAUCCCCCUCACCACUGUGCAGUGUGUAUGCAGUUUGUGCGAAAGGAAAACCUACUCUCUCUGGCCUGUCAGCACCAGUUUUGCCGCAGCUGCUGGGAGCAGCACUGCUCAGUUCUCGUCAAGGACGGCGUGGGUGUGGGAGUCUCUUGUAUGGCUCAGGACUGUCCACUUCGUACACCAGAGGACUUUGUGUUUCCAUUGCUUCCCAAUGAAGAAUUGAGAGAGAAAUACAGGCGCUACCUCUUCAGGGACUAUGUGGAGAGUCAUUACCAGCUCCAGCUGUGCCCUGGUGCAGACUGCCCCAUGGUUAUUCGGGUACAGGAGCCUAGAGCUCGCCGAGUACAGUGCAAUCGGUGCAACGAGGUCUUCUGUUUCAAGUGUCGUCAGAUGUAUCACGCACCCACAGACUGCGCCACAAUCCGGAAAUGGCUCACGAAGUGUGCAGACGACUCUGAAACAGCCAACUACAUUAGUGCUCACACUAAAGACUGUCCCAAGUGCAACAUCUGCAUUGAGAAGAACGGAGGCUGCAAUCACAUGCAAUGCUCCAAAUGUAAACACGACUUCUGCUGGAUGUGUCUAGGAGACUGGAAGACUCAUGGCAGUGAAUACUAUGAGUGCAGUCGUUACAAGGAGAAUCCUGACAUUGUGAACCAGAGCCAACAAGCCCAGGCGAGGGAAGCCCUCAAGAAGUACUUAUUCUACUUUGAGAGGUGGGAAAACCACAAUAAAAGCUUGCAGCUAGAGGCACAGACAUACCAGCGGAUUCACGAGAAGAUUCAGGAGAGGGUCAUGAACAAUCUGGGGACGUGGAUCGACUGGCAGUACCUACAGAAUGCUGCCAAGCUCUUGGCCAAGUGUCGAUACACUCUGCAAUACACCUACCCAUAUGCAUAUUACAUGGAGUCUGGACCCAGGAAGAAGCUGUUUGAAUACCAGCAGGCUCAGCUGGAGGCUGAGAUCGAAAACCUCUCAUGGAAAGUGGAGCGUGCAGACAGCUAUGACAGAGGGGACUUGGAGAACCAGAUGCAUAUAGCAGAGCAGCGGAGGAGAACCCUGCUGAAAGAUUUCCAUGACACCUAAGUUGGGAUGUGGAUGUGCCGGGGUGAGGAAGAUGUGGCUGCAAGGUCUCCCGGCUGCCAUACUGCAUGCUGCAGGCUCUGCCUUUCAUGACCCCAGGCAACAGCCAGGGCCCCACUCCUGAGAGACACUGGCAACACCUCUUAGUUGAUUUCUGUUUUCUUCUCUUUUCACUUUUUGUUUCUACCAGGGUAGAGGCCAUGAUGAACUGGCCUCUUUUCAGGACUUUUAUUUCCCCCUGGAUGGUUGUUGGGAGGGAGGGAAAGUGUUUUCUGAAUGGCUAUUAAUAGUAUUAGAUCAUUACAACUUAUGUAACUUUCAAAGGUUGUACAAUUAUACAAAAAAAAAAAGGCAAACUAUAGGAUAACACAGAGCCCUUUUUGAAAAUAAAUUGGCAUUGGAGUGUUUUACCCUCUAGCUGUUUUACUUAGAAUGUAACAUAUGCUGCCUACCCACCUCAAAAUGUCUGUACUGCAAGAGGGCCCUGGGCCUCUGCCUUCCAUAUUCACAUUUGUUUGGCCAGAGUUGGAGUCCCAAAGAAGAGCAUGGGUGGCAGAUGGUAGGGAAUUGAACUGGCCUGUGCAAUUGGCACGGAGCACAAGGGGUCACAGCAUGCCUCCUGCCUUACCGUGGCAGUACAGAGGCAGUCCAGAACAUGGUCUUCUUGCCACGGGGUGUUGUUGUCUCUGGUGGUGCUGCAUGUCUGUGGCUCACCUUUAUUCUUGAAACUGAGGUUUACCUGUAUCUGGCUACUGAGGCUAGAGCCCACAGCAGAAUGGGGGUGGGCCUGUGGCCCCCCAAACUAGGGGGUGUGGGUUCAUCACAGUGUUUCCUUUUGUCUCCUAAAGAUAGGGAUCUACUUUUGAAGGGAAUUGUUCCUCCCAAAUAAAUUUGCUUUACUUUGGUCCUUUC